AUGACGAUCCCUCGCCGCCAGUGUUUUGAAGGCUAUGUCAUCACGAACCGACGAGUGGGGAUUCCCAAUUCCCUUCGCUGUUCAAUGGCUCUGACCUAUCCCUUGAUAAUCCUCAUCAACUAUGCUCCUGAGUCGCCUUGGUUCCUCUCCCAAAAGGGCUGUGUUGAGGAGGCUACAUCGGUUAUUAUCAGAAUUCAGAAGAAGGGCUCCAAGGUUGACGACCUCCAAGACACUAUUGCCAUGAUGAUCCGAACGGACGGCCACGAGAAGAUGGUUUCGGCCGGCACCACCUACUGGGACUGCUUCAAGGGCUCCUACCUGCGCUGA